CAAAAAAGUAGAGUGAUUAUUCAUAAACCCUAAUUUUGAUUGUGGACGAAACCUAAUUGGUAUCAUUUUGAAAUGGCGACACAGUCUGUUAAUGCAGUGAUCGUUGAUCUUCCCGGAGAUGUAAACGACGACGGAGACAAUUCCGAUUGUUUCAUCUUCUCCUCCACUCCUCUAUCCACUCGUGGUUCCACCAAGCGUGAUGCCAUUUCCGUUGAGAAUUACGAUCGUGAUCGCAAGCUUCAACGUCUCUGGGUCUACCCUCCUCACAACAGAUCAAUCAAAUCAGAAUCUCCAAUUUACAUAGAUCUUGAUCUUUACGAUGAUGAAGACGAUGAUAUCAGAAUCCUCUGUUUCCCACCACCAAUCCACACCAAAUCUUUAGAAAAGGGACAGUCUUCGGCGUCAGCGAUGGUGACUUUCGACUGUGAGAUAUGUGUUGAAACAAAAUCCAUAAUUGAAUCGUUUCGAAUCGGUGGAUGCUCUCACUUCUACUGCAACGAUUGUGUCUCGAAAUAUAUAGCAGCUAAAUUACAAGACAACAUCCUCUCAAUCGAGUGUCCUGUCUCUGGUUGCUCUGGUCGGCUUGAGCCAGAUCAGUGUCGUUAUAUCUUGCCAAGAGAGGUUUUUGAUCGGUGGGGUGAUGCUUUGUGUGAAGCAGUAGUGAUGCGUUCGAAGAGAUUCUAUUGUCCUUACAAGGAUUGCUCUGCUUUGCUUUUCAUGGACGAGAGUGAAGUGAUGAAAGACUCAGAGUGUCCUCAUUGCCAUAGAAUGGUGUGUGUAGAGUGUGGGACUAAGUGGCAUCCGGAGAUGACUUGCGAGGAGUUUCAGAAGCUAGCGGAGAACGAAAGAGGAAGAGAUGAUAUUUUGCUUGCGACGAUGGCAAAGAAAAAGAAAUGGAAAAGAUGUCCUUCUUGCAAAUUCUAUAUUGAGAAGUCUCAUGGUUGCUUAUACAUGAAGUGCAGGUGUGGGUUGGCUUUUUGCUACAACUGUGGAACUCCAUCGAGGGACCAUUCUCAUUAUUGUUAUAAUUGUAAGCGUUGAUGUUUAGCAUCAUCAUUUCUUAUUAUAGAUCUUGUUCUCUUAUCCCUCUCUUUGGCCAUCCAAACUUCAUGGACUAUAUAUAUCAGGCUUUAAACUUCUGCUUAGGUCUAAUCUCUUUUGCUCCCUCUUGUAACAUCUCUGAGGAUUUUCUCGUUUUCUUUUCAAUAGAUCUUCGAAUUUCUG